AUGUAUCCCAUUCCACAGCCAAGAAGAUUUGUAAGUUACUUUAUUUUAAAGAUCAUUUUAGAUUCCAGUAAGAAUUGCGUAUAUUUCAUAUUAAAAGGACUAUCACCAGAAUCCAUAACAACCGCCAUCGAAUACGAUGUUUGGGGGACAAGAUCGUCAGUUCAAAGAACACUAACGAAAUACUAUGAUGAUGGGUAUAAAGUUAUUCUGAUUUUCCCGUUGUUCGCAACCAACACACUGGCGGGAUACGCAUUGAUGAAGUCGAGACCAGGCGAAUACUCAAAGUCAAGAAGUAAAUUUUCUAGCGUUAAAUUUGACGGACCACUCUUUGACAUUUCCUGGGUAAGGUGCCUGGACCUUAAUCCACCAGAAUAUGCUCACAUCUCAAAGUAUUUCACAAAAGCGCCAGUUGUUAAUACUAAAGAUGGACAUGAACUUGAUAAAAACACAGGAUAUGACCUGUGCAAAAUAUUUGAAAAAAAGUUUCAACGAAUGUUGGACACCUUUAAGGGAUUACCCAAACCGCCAAUCCUGCCAGUUACAGUGAAAACAAACUCUGAAGUCUCACCCAAAUUCAUUAACUCAAAGAACCAAAUUGAAUUAUUUCCAACGGUUCAAAAGAGUUUGAAGCUCAAGGGCGCUAACAUCUACUCACUUGACAUGGCUUCUGAGUUUAAUCCCUCACUCCUAAUAUUUCCAAUUGAUCUCUCUAACAUGUCAUAUGAUACAUAUAUAUCCAUAUAUAACACAUCACAUAAAUACUGGAUAGAAAUUCCAGAAGAUUUUGAUAUUUCCUCCCUUACCAACCCUAGCUGA